AUGGCUAUGCACAGCGGCUUGCCCAUCCUCUCAGCAGACUACCUCGCACGCAUCGAGAAACCAGGCCGCGCCCCACGCAACGCAAGAGCUACGGGUUCGAAAGGCCACGUUAAUGAUGCUCCAGGUCGAUCGGAACAGGUGCGAAGCACCGAGUCCAAGUCCGAGUCCGCGCGCAUUCGGAAGCAAGAAGGUGCGACGUUCGAAGUCGACGGACGCGAGUCGCGUCGGUGGAAGAUGCGUUUGGCAGCGGGUGACUUGCCAGUGAUCGGACCUCCAUCAUCAUCAUCAUCCUUCUCGCAACAGGCGUCUCCACAUGACAUCCGUAACGAAAGGGUCGACCCACCUUCCCUCCGCACUCCCAUGGCAGUCAAGACCCACAGCUGGGUGUCCCUCUGGUUUCUCGUCACCGCUCCUGCCCCGGUCGAUGAUCCUUCAACCCUCACCUUCGAGCAGGUCGACCUCGUCUACGGCGUGGCUGCCCUGGAACGCGGGGAUGGGUUCACCAAUGCCCAAACACUUCUUAACGUGAUCGAAACCAUCAUGAAUGUGGUUUACCUCUACACCGCGCACGUCGCCGGCUGGCCGCCGGCCCCCAUGAUCGGCUUCGCUGCCGCGACCAUGACGCUCUCGAAGACCGUGCUCUACUGGGCCCAGGAGUACUAUUGCAACUACUGCGCCGUCGGGCACAACUCCAUCAACGACCUGAUCCUGCUUUGGAUCAUCCCCAACGGGUUGUGGAUCGUCGUCCCCGCGUUUAUCGUGUGGCGCCUGGGCAAGGACAUCGCCGGGCAGCUCACCCUAGCGCACAACGUCGCUGUCAAAUCAGCUUCGGGGAAGAACAAGUGA